UGCAAAACUUGCAUCAAGUUCGAAGAAAAGUUGAAAACGAUGUUUCUCUAAUUUUAAAUGUUUUGUCUUCACUGUUUACAGCAUCGAAAUGCCGUCGUCGUGUUCCGUGCCAGAUUGCGAACUGAAGUAUGCCCAUUCGGAAGACGUUUCGUAUCACAAAUUCCCUCUGAAGAAACCGGAACUGCUAAGCGAGUGGGUCAAAUUUACCGGACGUGACCCGGCCUGGGUUCCGAGCCGCUGGAGCGCCAUCUGCAGUCGGCACUUCAAGCCGUCCGAUUUCAAGGAUUGCAUUUACAGGUGA